UUUUAAAAGUUUGGCAACUCUGUUUACUUGCAUCAAUCAAGUACGCGUUCUGUAAAUAUUUAUUUGUUUUAUUUAUUGUUUACAUUAAAACAAUGUCAACAAAUAAAUGAGUAUUAGUGUUUAUAGUAUUAUUUUAUUUAUUUUCAAUUAAUUUGUUCAAUAGAAGCUUUCAAUAUGCCAAAUGCAGUGCGUGAUUUGUUGCAAAAUGGUCGAUCGUACGACGAAACAGAUAGAAUACCCAAAAAUAUUUCAAUAACUAAUUUGGAUCUGUUAAUGUACGUAGUGGCUAUUGUUGGACACUUCGUGGACCUCGGCUUGGAUAUAAAUGUGGCUUUAAGAUAUUAUUUGGCGGGAAAAAUUGUGGAGUUUGGUUGGACUUUAGCAUUUAUACUUCUACCUGCUUUUAUCAACACAGCGAUUGCAAUCAGAAUGUAUUCACAAGACAAGCAGCAGAACUCCAUCAGCAAUGAGUUCACCAAGCGCAAGUGGCUGCGGAUCAUCAUCUUGAUGCUGCAAAUGGCUCCCAUACUGAGAUUCACCGAUGCUCUCAUAUACGCGGUCAAGUCUCGGCGGGCGGAGCACAACAAGGACCCGGCCUCCCAGCGGCUCUACUACAGCCUGAUGCUGAAGGAAGACGCUGAUGCGGCACUCAUGCGCAUCUUCGAGUGCUUCCUCGAGGCGGCGCCGCAACUGGUGCUUCAGAUCAGCAUACUGUUCCAGGGACACUGGCAGUUUACCGUACACCAGAUCCUGUCGAUCACAUCAUCGAUGGUGACCAUGGGGUGGUGUUUAGCUGCGUACCAGCGCGCUGUGAGGUUCGCCCAGCAGGACAAGAUGAACGUCACGUGGCUGGGCACCGGCAUGCAGACUAUGUGGCACUAUUUAUUAACCUUAAGCCGCGUGCUGUCAAUAGCAGUGAUCGCCUUCCUCUACCCGUACUGGACGAUCUUAGCCUGCUCCCUCCACAUCCUCGUGAUGUCAUCCUGGAUACAGUUGUACGAACGACCAGUCUUCUGCUCCCAGAACAAAUUGACCGAGAUUGCCUUCUCUUUUGCACUCGGCGCGGUAUAUCUCUUUACAUAUAUAUUGUCUGUGGAAGGCAGAACUAGGUAUAGAUACGCAAUUUAUUACACGAUCUGUGUAACGCAGAAUAUUGUCUGUGCCCUCGUGUGGUUUUUUUACGCGCCCGAACAAAUUAAGGCAACGGCGUACUAUUAUACGGUUUUAGUUUUAUGUAUAACGCCCUAUGUAUUUGGUAUUUUUGUUAUGGUUUUGUACUAUUCGUUCUUCCAUCCGACUUUGAGGAAAGGUGAUAAGGGUAUCACUGUGUCUAUAAAAGUUAACGAUCAAGUGUUAAAUGUUAUUAGUUGACUAGGUUUAGUUUAAUUUUAGUGUGCAUUUUUUUAUCUACUUUUUGAUACUUAUAUAGUAAUUUUUAAUGAAGUUUAAAUGGCAACCCCGCCUAUGUUAUUUUUUUUAAUGGGUGAUAAUGAAAUGGUAAUUCCGCCUGCGCUAACGGUAUACGCUGGUGGGGCACCAGUGAGAAAUGAUAGACGAGAAUGAAAGCAGGUCAGUUAGCCCAUCAUGAAGAAUUCCACGAGAAAUAACCACGAGGUUUCCAGGGGGAACUACGUGGAGGUCGAAUGAUUAGUAACAUUUCUAGCAAUGGGCUGUUAGAACUCAUCGCUAACAAUUCCUUCUCCCCCCCCCCCCCUCGCCUGUGUUUUUGGUAUAUGCUGGCAGGAUACCAGUGAGAGAUAGUAGGUGAGGAUUAAGUCAAAUUAGUUGGCCCAGUUGUGUAUUCUUUAUGAAUUAACCACGAUGGUUUCCAGUGAGACCGCGUAAAGCUAUAUUGGCGAUGGGGCUAGCCACCAUAACUAAUUCCCUCCUUCCUACUUAAAAUUUCCUAUUUAGAACAACUAAUUAAUUUUAUUAAUAAAUAAUACUAGAGUUAAGGUAGGUUUGAUCGAAAUGUUAAUAGUACACUGUGGGUGUACUUUUCUUUUUUUUUUUGAUGGGUGAAAAUGGUAUGGCAACCCCGCCUGCGCUAUCACGAUACGCAAGCGGAGCACCAGUGAAGGGUGAUAGAUGAGAAUGAAAACAGGCCAGUUAGCCCAUCAUGAUGAGUUCAUCAGGAAUUAACCAUGAUAGUUUCCAGAGAGAACCGCGAGGUCGACCUGGUUGGGUAUAUUGCUAGCAAUGGGAUUCUCAACUGUGGGUGUACUAUUAACUACUACACUAACUAUUAACUAACAUCAAGCUGUGGUUAUCUUUAAAAGUAAAAAGAAAUUGUUCUGAUUUAACUACUGUAUGUUUAGAAUAUUAUUAGUUUUACCUUUUACAGGCGUUGUCUAUAUCCCUUUCAGACCUGAACGAUACGGGCGUGAGUUGUAACUUUGAAAAAUUCUAAAACCACGCGCAAUUCAUUUUUACGCACGAAGCUGAAAUAACAUGAUAGUGAGAUUCUAAACCAGCCAAUAAGAAAUCAUUUUAGCGGUUACGUGGUGCAGUAGUCUCGUGCGUGCCGGCAAAAUGGCUUGGCACCAAAACACGAAAAUAUAUUUAAUCUGAAAGAAAAAUAAUCUUGGGUCGGAAAGGGAUAUAUAUUUAUUUAUUCAUUCAUUCAUUAGUACAUGUAUGUGUACAAGACGUAUUUAAUGCUACAAGUAGGGCUGCCAUCCGUCCGGAAUGCCCCGGAUUUGUCCUAUUUUGAAGGGCGUCCGGGGGUUGUCCGGCAGGGGUUUUUGAAGUAUUCGGAUAUAACCCGGACAUUUUUGUUGUCAGGGGAAAUUCAUUUUUGUUAUAGGUAGGUGAUUAAUUAAACUAAAUCUUAGUUACAAAUUCAUCCACAAUAACCCUGUUUUUAUAUAGCAAUGUUUUUAUUUUUGUUACAAAAAAUAUUUGUCCAUAAGUGUCCGGGGGGAAAACCAUAUUUCGCCCAAAUGUCCGGGAUUUUUGCUAAUACUAUACUGUAACUCGUGAAUUAUAAUUAUUUUAGUUCAUUUGCAUCAAACAGUUUUAAAAUUAUUAUAAAAGACACGUGGUACUAUUUUGGCGCCUGUUUAGUUGCUUUAAACGAUGUAGGCAUGCAAAUAUUUACAUUUUAUAAAAAAAAAAUGAUAAAAAAAAUAUUCAGAAUAUAUCAAAAUAAAAAAAAAAACAAAUAUACAUAUCAAAUCAUAUCGUCAGCCACAUUUUAUAGAUUUUCAUUGAUUAAUAUCAUAGAUUAUAUAUUUUUGGGUGUGCUACGGGUUUUUUUUUUUAUAAAAAAACUCUAUAUAUGACCACACCAUGGGUGACCAUAGGGACGAUAUGGAAAACACGCCCUCCCUUCUCACAUACGUGUAUGGUCUUAUCAGUGAAUCUUUGAUACCAAUCAAAGAUACUUCGAUUUCGUUGAGCGACCAAAUCUAUGAAUAUUUUAAUAAGUAUUAACGAGUGAAAACUAUGAUAAUUAGUGGUGCCUUGUCAGCUUUAUUCGAUUUGAUUAUCUAAAUGAAUUCGUAAUGAAAAUAAAUGGCCUGGCAGCCAGUGAUAGGGCACGAAGGUUUUUAUCACCCAAUAAUCGUAUGAAUUAUUCAGUUAUUGUAAACAGUUUAUAAAUAAAUUUAUGUUUGCAAGUUAAUAUCGACCAGUUGUUGUGACGUCUAACAGAACACGUGUAUGAUUUUUUUUUUUUUUCAUUAAUUAACAGAUAGUAUGUUUUGCUGUCUGUGUUUUGUUUGUAGUCAUAUUAAUUUUCAAAUUAUUCAAAUUGAAUAUUUUAUGUAUUUAAUUGUUGAAUUUAAACAUGCUUGCUCUUGCUUUGUAUUCGGGAAUUUGAAAAUAUAAAUGUUGGAUUUUUUUUUGUGUAUAACUGGUACUCAAGCUAUAGCUUUUGUAUUGCUAUGGCACACUCACAAACGAAAGUUGCAUUUGGUUUUGUGUAUUUUUUUGUCAUUUAUGUUAUCUCGGCUUUUUUUUGUGUAUAUAUGUUGUAAUUUGUGUGCUGUAUGUAAUGCAAAUAAAUUAUCUAUCUAUCUAUCUAUAGAAAAAAAUAUAUAAUUGCAUUCAAAUAAUUAUUAUGUUAAUUAUAAAUCUGUUGAAUGAUAACUGUCGUGAGUCAUGUUGUAUUGUACUUAAAUAUGUCAGUUUACUCACAUUUUAAGUUUGGGUAUGCUCAACUAGUUUCGAACUCAAUGGGUGACCUUAUUCAUAAGCGCAGUUCACGAUUGUAAGGACUCCUAUUGGAUUUGAAACUAGUCGGGAAUACACGAAUUUAAAACAUGAGUAAUGUUUAAAAAUAUAUAUAAAUUUACUUUUUAUUACCAUUUUUUAAAUAAAAAAUUUUAAUACGUUUUUAAUAAUAAUAUAAUUAAUAGAUAUUAAAUAAGCCCUGUAAUCCUUGAUGAGGCAUUAAUUAGAGGCUUUUGUCUAUGCCCAUAUUUCGACGAUUAUAUAAUCCAAUGUGGCAGGCAGCAAGCCUACCGCCAUCAUUCCGAUUGAUUUGGUAUAUUAAUGGAUAUUAAUCAGUAUUAAUUUAGUUAAAACUAGAAAUUACCUGAAGUAGUUUUAAGAAUUAAAAUGAGACUGCCAUGUAAUGUUGUGAUAGUGCAAAGUAAUAAUUUGAUAUUACUCAUAAUUUUAUAAUAUUGUACUAUUUUUAGUAAUUAAUUUAAUACAUAAUGAAUCUCAAAGUCAUUGCCAAAAUGUACGUACCCAAGUAGGUAUAACUUACAUUAUUUUUAAUAAAGUCAUUUUUUAUAACAA